AUGGAAGAAACUAACAAAACGUUAGAAAAUGAACCUCCUUCUGAAGAGGUUGCUGCUCCUCGUCAUUCUUUAUCUCAGCCUGAUUUACGUAAGCGUCCCCGUAAAGAACAUAUAGAAAAAAUUCCCAUAUUAGCCACAUUCGAAGAAAAUAAAAGGUUGAACCGAGAAAACUUCAUCUUAAAUUCGAAAUUAAAAGAUGCAACCUAUAGAGAACGCGAGCUUAGAGAUCAACUUCCUCGUGAAGUUGAUGCUAUAAUGGAAGAGUUCUUCGCUCUUCAAUUAGGAAGACAAGAGUUCGAGAGAAAGUACUCUGAACUUUCGGCAACUGUUGUGCGUGCUGAGAAAGCUGAAGAGAAUGAGAGAAUAGCUUUGGAACGGGCUGAGAAAGCUGAACAAAUGUUGUCUGAUCUCGAGAAGGAUACCGAUAGUGAAAAUGGUAGAUUAAAGGAAGAUUUAGAAAAGUUGCGCAUAAGAAUUGCUGAACUCGAAGAAGUCAAUUGUGGCAAUGAUGAUUGGACCUUGGCUUCUAGUGCUGGAGAUAGGGCUAUGGAAGAGAUCAGCGAUGAACUUGAACGUUGCAAACGCGAUUGUAAUGAACUUACUACUAAAAACAAAGAACUCGAGUCUGUAAUCACCCAAUUAAAGGAGGAUUUGGACAAAACCACUAACAAAACUUUCAUGCUGGGUGUACCAGAAGAUACGAAUAUACUUAUCGAAAGAAUCAAGAGCUUGGAAGAAGAAUCAAGGGUAAAGGAAGAGAAUUAUUCCGCUGUUAUCAAGUCUUACAUGAAAAAAGUAACAAAACUCGAACGCGCCCUUGUCAGAGCAGAAGGAAGCUUUGAUAUAACUCCUAAUUUGACUUUCACGGCUACAGACAAAACAAAACUUGACAAAUGCGUAAAAUCACUAAUGAAUGAGCUAACCAGCGCUCGUAGCCAAAACCAAGAACUGAGACGUCAAUGCGCUGCGUUAUCAGGAGGGGUUUUAGACAUCAGUUCCGUUGUUGACAAUGAUAAUAUCCGCCAAAAAUUGGUAGAUUUAUCUCAUAACAUCAGUCCAAGAGAUGAAAACGAGGGCGAAGAUUAUAAUGAGAACAUUAGAAAAGUCGUUGAAGAGUGUGAUGAGAUUUUCCAAAAACUUGAACAACAAGGUCUUCUUGAUUUGAGCUAUGAUUUGAGUGCUGAGUCCAGUGGCAACAAAUCCAAUAGUAUGCCAGUUCUGGAAGCCAUUGAGCGAGAUGCUGAAGACGAAGAUAAUGAUGAGGAAAAAGAGCAAAAUAAGUUCGAAGACCCAAAUAUGUCAGAACUGUUGGCUAUGAAUCAGUCAAUCAACAAUAUUCUUUAUCACUCACUCAACACCUCAACCGAAAUCGGAGAAACUCGAGUGAAGCUAGCCUCAGUUCGCACACUCAUUUCCUCCAUGUUUAAUCGCUUGAAGGGUUCGGCUGCUUUGUUUGAAGAGAUUUUCGAAUAUCUUUCUGAAGGUAGCGAAGCUAACAAAGAGCUCGCAGAAAAAAUUUCACAAAUGUCCCUCGAAUGGACAAAAGCACGCAGAGAAGCUGAAGAUGUUUCUAAUGUUAUAGACUAUGCCGAAACCAGUGUUGCGCAACUUCAAAACCAAUUGUCUGCCUUGGAGAAUUCCUUAAACGAGUCAUCAUUCAUCUUCGAGGCGAGUCGAAGAAUAACUCUCAAUCGCACGGGAGGAGUAGACAUGAACAUGAGUCGUAACCUACAUAUGUCAGUUCUUGAGAAUCAAAACUUAGCUUCUGCUCACAAUGAGUUGAAUAACUUGAGAACGAAGUACGAUGAUGCCUGUGAAACAGUUGAUAAAUUGAACGAGUUGAUCGAAGAGCUCAAGGAUGACAAAGCUAAUUUAGCUUCAAGUCUUUCUAUGGCCAAUUCAAGUGUGGAUGUUAUCAGAAAGCAUUUGAAUGAGGUUGAGAUCGCCAACAGCAACUUGCAAUUGGAGAAAGAUGAGUUCAGUGCCCGUUGUUCGGAUUACCAGCAAAAUACAAAACAUUUGACGGAAAUGUUGCAGAAUAUGCAAACCGAGUGUGAUUCCUUACGUGAAAGAUUAGGAGGUCUGGAGAAACAUAAUAAUCUCCUUAAUGAGGACAUUGCUGCCUACAAGAGGGUUGAAGAUCAAAUGAAGAUGGACUUGAGCUUAGCAAACCAUGAGAAAGAAACACUGAUUAGUAGCGUAGAAGAGUGGAAAGAAGAAGCUGAAACCUUCAAGCAAUCAUUCGAAGCUAGAUCCGCAUCAUUGAACAAGCUAAAAGAAGAUUACAAAGCCUUAAAGAUCGAAGUUGAGCAAGCUUCUACUGAGUUGGCAGAAGCAAAGGUUGCUUUGCAUUCAUUCGAGAGAGAUACGGAAAAACAACGUCGUUAUUUCGAAGAAGAAAUUAGAGCUCAAACUGAAAUAGCUCAAGCAGCUCGCGACAACGCCAAUGAAUUAGCUGAAAAGCUAAUGGAUAAGGAACACUCGUUAAUUGGCGACAGACAAAGCAAAUUUGGCCUCGUUGUAGGAAAUGAUGAGCGAUUGUCUCUUAUUGAUAGAAGCAACCAAAAAACAAGAUGCAUUCAAACAGAUGACGAUGGAUUAGCCGAAAUGUUAACGGAAUAUUUCAGUAUGUAUACGAGAUUAGCUACCUGUGUCAGGAAAUAUCUCUCGUUCUCACAGCACGACUACGAUUAUCAAACUGAAAACUCUGUUGAAUUUAUGGAAUUCGAUUUGAACAAUAUUGAACAGGAGAUAAAAACCUUCUGUAAACAGUAUGAAGAUAAUGUAGAGCACAUGGUUCGUGUUAAUAACAAGUUGAUAGAGUAUGGAGAAGUUAAUGACUCUUGCUCUCAGCCUGCUACAUCUGAUGUUCCACACUAUCAGAAAACUGAAAUCGAACAAGGACGUCGUGUGUCUCCACUGAAACAAUUGUUGUAUGCUCUCACUAUGCAAUCUGUCGAUUUGGUUCAGAAUGUCAAGCUACUUCACAAACAUAUGGAUAACCCCAAACGCGGAGAUAUCGUUGUUAAGUUGUUGAAUGAUGCUCGUUCUCUCAGAAACCAGCUUAAUGACAACUAUGCUUGUUUCCAGUCGAAGGAUAAAGAAAACGAUUUGAGCCUCGUUCCCCAAGGAGAAGUAAUUCAGAAGUUGGAACACGCGGAAAAGGUCAAUGCUGUACUCUUUGCGGGUCUGAAGCAAGCUAAUGACAAGCUCAUUGAGCUCGAGAAAGCAGUUCCCAAGAGUAACAAGGCAGUUAUUGAGAAAAUAUCGAAAGAAAUGGAGAACAUAGCUAAAGUCAUGGGAUCGGCCCAGAUCUCAUCUAAGAAUCUCUCAUUGGCUCGUAAGCCUGUAAUGAAGCCUAUUGCUAAGAACACAUUGUAA